GCGCGCGGCGGCCUGCGGGGGGCGGAGCGGGCGCUGGGCGCGGAGGCUGCCGGGAGCGGAAGUGCGCCGCGGCGGAUGUUGACAGCGGUGACCCACAAGAGGCUGGAUGGCCCGCUGAGGAAUAUAGCACUGUAUCAAAAUGGCUGAUGAUAAUGAAGAGCUGCAGGCGGACGAAGAGCUCCCAGCUCCAGCUGAGGACAACUUUGAGCAGCUGGAAAACAGCAGCCCCGCAGAGCGCAGUGGGCACGUAGCAGUCACUGAUGGACACUGCAUGUUUGUUUGGGGAGGAUAUAAGAAUGCUCAAGUUAGGGGAUUUUAUGACUUCUAUCUGCCUAGAGAUGAAAUAUGGAUCUACAGCAUGGAAACUGGAAGAUGGAAUAAAAAAAAAACAGAAGGAGACGUUCCACCUUCCAUGUCAGGCAGUUGUGCUGUGUGUGUAGACAAAGUAUUGUACUUAUUUGGAGGGCAUCAUGCACGUGGCAAUACAAACAAGUUCUACAUGUUAAACUCCAGAUCCAAGGACAAAGUGUUGCAGUGGGUUAGAGUAGAAUGUCAAGGUGUCCCCCCUUCAUCAAAGGACAAACUUGGAGUUUGGGUUUAUAAAAAUAAACUAAUAUUUUUUGGAGGUUAUGGUUAUUCACCUGAAGGGAUACCAAUAGGAACUUUUGAAUUUGAUGAAACCUCUUUUUGGAACUCAGGUCAGCCUAGAGGAUGGAAUGAUCACGUACAUGUUCUGGACACUGAAACCUUUUCCUGGAGCCAGCCUAUAACCACGGGUAAAUCCCCCUCACCCAGAGCAGCCCAUGCCUGCGCUACAGUUGGGAACAGAGGCUAUGUGUUUGGAGGCAGAUACAGAGAUUCUAGAAUGAAUGAUCUUUAUCAUCUUAAUUUGGACACAUGGGAGUGGAAUGAAAUAAUUACACAAGGCAUUUGCCCAGUAGGCCGAUCUUGGCAUUCCUUAACUCCAGUUUCAUCAGAUCACCUAUUUCUCUUUGGAGGGUUUACCACCGAUAAGCAGCCACUGAGUGAUGCUUGGAUUUAUUGCAUCAGUAAGAAUGAGUGGAAGCAGUUUGAGCAUAAUUAUUCUGAAAAACCAAGGCUGUGGCAUACAGCUUGUGCAAGUGAAGAAGGAGAGGUCAUUGUUUUUGGUGGCUGUGCCAACAACUUGCUUGCCCAUCACAAAGCAGCUCAUAGUAAUGAGAUACUUGUGUUUUCUCUGCAACCAAAAUCUCUUGUAAGGCUGUGCCUAGAAGCAGUCAUUUGCUUCAAAGAGAUAUUAGCCAACUCAUGGACCUGCCUCCCAAAGCACUUGCUUCACAGUGUCAAUCAGCGGUUUGGAAGUAACAAUACAUCUGGCUCUUAAGACUAUCAAUUACUUCUGUGAACAACGUAUGCAUGGAUGAGCAAUUCUAAAAGAUGUAAUAAUUUUACCAACCACUUGUGGCAGAUGUGAGACUUGUAUAAAUAUCUGCAUUGUCGUUGGUAGUAGCUUGUUGGUUGUAAGUUGCAUGUGAAUGGCUUAGAGAGAACCUAUUUUUGUGUAAAGAUGUUUGCAAUAAAUGUAUUUAAUGCAAGUUGAAAUGUAUCAGUGCCUAAGCUAAGUUAAACCAGUAACGGUUUGUUCAACUUAAUGCCACUCACUUCAUUAUGUGACGAUAGGAAAACUACUCUAACCUAAAUUACUUCAGAGUGUGUCAAUGCAGGGAAAUGCUGUUUAAGGAGUUACCAUUCAAGGAUUUGUGGGUUGUUGCUGAAUUUCUGGGCCUUAAAGUUUGGCAAAUGCUAGAAGUAUUUUCAGGCACUAAUGUUCUUUGGGACACCAUUAAUAUUAAAAACAAUGCCUCUCUAUCAUUAUUCAACAUGAUAGAGUAGUUUUAGUCUGUAUUAGGAACCUGUCUUAUUCCUAUCAGUGAGAUGUUAACAUAUUUGGCCACAUGAGUUUAAGGUUAGAGAAACUGCUAUUCUGAUUUAGUCCUGGGAUUAGCUCACCAAUUUAAGGUCUAGUUUGAGUUGUUUAAAAACACAUAUAGAGGGAUGGUUAAGUGUCAAUGUUGUGGGGUUAUUUAAGAGCUGUAAGUGUGAGUAGAUGCAUUCUGUCUUAAUUGUGAAAAUGCUUUAGUCAAUCAAUAGUAAAGUGUCAAACUGGACCAUGCAUGUCUAGGAGUAGCCAAAAGCACAAACUGCCAGUUUCCCAGGAAUGACUUGAUCAUCAAUGUUUUCUUCAGCAGCUUCUAGAUCCAGAGCUUCAUGCAUGCUGUGAAGCUGAUGACUAACAGGUGCCAGGCUCUGUUCGGCUUCACUAGUUUUAAAACUACUGAAAGUAGAUUGUAUGUGAGCAGCAACCAGCACUAAGGCCCUUCUGGCUCUGCCUUAUCUGUGCUCAUUGUCUCCAGGAGGCAUAGGCCACCACUGAUACAGUGGAGGGUUGAGAAUCUAAUAAAUGGCUUGUGAUUUAAAUAUUGCAACAAAUUGACUUCAGCACUCCCCUUACUGUCUCAUUUCUUUUUUAUAAUAAAUUAAAUAUUCUGACUA